AUGAUAAUUUAUUAACAAAGAUAGUUUACUUAUCCAUCAGAGUCAUCAGUAAUGACCUCUUAACAGUUUAUCUCAAUAAGCACAUUCAAUUAAUUGAUCAAAGAAAAUAUUUUAUUCAUUUUAAACAUAUAGUGUCUAAAUAAUUGUUUCAAUAAUUUCAAUAUAGAAAUGACAAUUUUCAUAAAUUUAUUUCCAAAAUAUAAACAAUAUCUAAUAAUAAAAAAAACAAAAUAAAAAUAAUUUUUUUUAUAUAUUGAUUAUAUUAUAUUGAAAAUGAAGUAUAUAUUAAUAUUAUUUUUUCUUUGUUUUGAUUUUAACAAUGCUAGAGAAAUUACACAUGAGGAUAUUAAAGAUGCAAUGUUAAGUUUAGUACAUAUGAUGCGAGAUAAUACAGAAAAAUUAGAAAGACAUGAAGCACGAGAACGUCAAUUAGGAGAACAAUUAAAAAAAAUAAUUCCAAUUUUGACAAAACGUAUGUCAACUAUAGACUCAUUAAAAAUACAAUUAACUAAACUUGAUGAAAAAGUAAUGGGAAUAGAACAAUUAAUCUCUCAGAGAGAUGAACGAGAAAGAAUACAAAUGCAAAAAACUGUUGAUAGUCUAGAAGACUUAGAAAAUCGUUUAGAAGGUUGGCUUACAGAUAUUGAAAAUAAAGUAUCAGAAAUAAAUAGUCGAUCAGAUACUACAUUACCUUCAUUUGAUAAUCACUCUCAUAUUAUUUCAAAAUUAAAUGAUACAGAAUUAAUAUUAAUAGAUAGAAUUUCAAAAACAGAAUCACUUUUAAAAUCUGAAGCAAUAAAAUUAAAAGAGACUACAAAUGUUCAAUCAGGAACAACACAAGCAUUAUUGACAGAGAUUCAAGAUAUCAACUCAAGAUUGAGUGAUCAAUCAGGAACAACACAAGUAUUAUUGACAGAGAUUCAAGAUAUCAACUCAAGAUUUAGUGGUCUUGAAGUUUCAUUAGAAAGAGUUAAAGAACAAUCACAAAACAUAAAGAAGAAAUUACAAGAUUCUCAAUUUGAUACUAUUUCAAAUAUUGAUAAUUAUGCAAGAAUAUUACCUUCUAUAAAGAAGCUUUUAGAUGAUAUUUAUGAACAAAUUAAAGAAUUACCACAGACCAUUGAAAUGCAAACUUUACAUAAUAAAACUCAAAUACUUUUACAAGAAACAAAGCAUAGCUUAAAAGAUAUUGUUACUAAAGAAGUUGAUGAUAUUGAAAAUAAAUUAAUAGAAACUAAAAAUGAAACUAAAGAUACUAUAGGAGCACUUAGAAUGGACUUGGCAAAUAAUGCUGAACAUGUAAAUCAAGAAUUAAAUGAUCUUGAAAAAGGACAAUCUGUAAUAGUAUCAAUGGCUGAUCAUGUCUUAGACACUAAAAAAAGAGUUGAAUAUGGUGUACAUCAAAUUCUUUUAGAAGUAGGAGAUUUAGUAAAAGCACAAAGUACAAAUAUUAAUAAUACUCUGAACCAAAGAUUUGAUGGCAUAUCAAAUGAUAUUAUGGACAAUCAAAAUGGAGCUUUAGCAAAUUUAACUACUAAGAUGGAACAAGAAAUGAAUCAGGUAUGGCGACAAAUAAAUGUCAUGUAUCAACAGAUGACAGAAAGUGCAAAAGCAUUAGAUAAAUUGCAUAAACAAAAUGAAGAAUACGUUAAUGGUACCACUUCUACUAUGGGUGGAAUGGAAACUAAAGUAAGUGAAAUAACAAAACGUAUGACUGAAGUUGACGAAAAUUUAAAUUAUCUACUAGGAAGACUCUCAUUGGUGACACAAGAAUUUAAUCAAAUCAAAACAGGAUUAGGUAAUGCAUUAGAUAAUAUUAAAGCAUCAUUCAAAGAAGUUCAAGAUAAAACAAAUGAUUUGAGACAUCCAGGACCACACCCAAUACCUGAAAAUUAUAAAGAAUUUAAUGAAUCUGAUAAUAAUAAACCAGAUGGUAAGAUUUUACCAGAAAUCUUCAAACAUGUUUUUAAUCCACAAAUUAAUUGACUUUUAUAUUCUUAAAAUUUCUCAAUAGAAUUUUCAAAAAUAAUUAUUUUAAUUUUGUAAAUGUAAUAUAAAAUAUUCUUAAUAUCGAUUUAAUUUAUUUUACAAUAUUUUAUACAUUUUUUGUAAUAUUUUGCAAAAAUGUUAAUUAUUAUAAUAUUUUGUUUAUUUACAAUUUUAAUUUAAUUUUUAUUGAAUCUUCUUUUGAUUUAAAAUAUUGAUUUAAAAUAUUUUUUUUUGAAAACAUAAUAUUAUUUAAUAACAAAUAUUUGUUUUAGUUGUGAAAAUAAAAUAAAGCAAUAUCACUUUUAUAUGAAGGAUAUUUUCAUCAUUAAUGGCAUAUAUGAAGUUAUGUUCAAGACUCGUUUUUUAUAUCACUAAUAUAUUAACAUUCAAUAGUAAUAAUAUGUAUCAUCAUCAUAUAUUGCAUAAGUUUUUUUAAAAUGCAUUAUUUUUAUUUUUGUUUAAUAUUGAUUAAAUAUUGAAUAUGUAGAAUUUAAAAAUAUAAAAACAAAUAUCAUUAAAUAUUACUUAUAAUUCGGUAAGUUCUUUUAAAAUAUAUUAUUUUUAUUUUUGUUGAUAAUGAAAUGUAGAAUUUAAAAAUAUAAAAACAAAUAAUCUUUAAUGUUAAAGUUUACUUAUAUUUUGAGCAUUAUAAUUUUUAAAUAUCAUGAUAUGUAUAACUCAAACUAUUUUUAAUACAUAUAUUGGUCCAGAAUUAUAUUUUAUUUUUUUAUAACAUCUAAUAAAUAAUUAUUAAACAUAUUAUAUACAUAUAUAUUUUAUAUAUUAUAUAUCAUAAUCAUUUUUAAUUUAUAUGUUUAUGCAAGGAAACUUUAAUUAAGAUUUACACAAUGCAUAUGUAUUAAAAUCAUUAAAAUGUAAAAAGUUUGGAAUGAUAUAUUUUUAUAUUAUUGUGUUUUACAAUAAGCAAUUUAAUCAAAAAUAAAAAUAUGUAAAAGAAUAACUAUAUUGUAAAUAUAUUAUAUUAUUAUAAAGAACAAA